GGAGAAAAGGGGGAUUCCAAUGGCAAACUUGUUUAGCUUAUUUCAUGAACUCCGUGAAAGAAUUGCGGCGUCGUCAUCGUCGUCGUCAUCAUCUUCUUUAACCCCUCCAAACAACAAAUCGUCAUCAGAUGAUCCCGCUUUAAUUCUCCGUUUUCGACAAGUUAUUCCCAUUCUUCUUCAAACUUACGUCAUCCCCAAUUCUUCCGCAAACGAGAAGGAAGUGAUUGCUACACUCAAAUUGUUGAAUCACACAGUCAAGAUUUAUCCUGGAAUUUUCUAUAAUGGGAAGGCCAGUGCUAUUUUACCAACAAUUUGUCGUAUAUUGCCGUUUUUUGCUGAACCCUCUUUCUCGUCUCGCCAAGGAAUUAUUUUUGAAACCUUGGGGUCCCUUUUAUCCUUGCUCCGUUCAGGAGAUCGAGAUGCGUAUCGUCUGUUUUUUAAAGAUGUCAUGGGGGUGUUUGAAGAUCUCUUGACUAUAGCUACAAUAGCCAACAACACAUGCAAAUCUGAGUUGGAAGUGUCUCUGAGGUGUUUCCAUGAAUCCCUGUCUGUGAUAUCCACUGACUCUACUGCUCUCAGUGAACUUCCAGCAUGCAUUAAACCUAUUGAUGGUUUUGGUAUCAUUAUCAACCUCACAGGAGUUGCCAGGUGGCAGCCAUUCGCUACCUGGAUGAUUAAAGUUUCUUGUAAAUGCUUAACUGAAGGAGCUCUAUAUGUGGAAGGUUUGAUAAAUGUGCCAUUUGUUUUGGCUGCAUGCAAGUUACUUUGCUAUGGAGAUGCUGCUUUGCAAAUGGCUUGCUUUGACUUGGUGCGCAUAUUAGGAGAAGUAGUAAGUGAUGAUAUCAUCCCUAGCAUCAUCCCUAGUGAAAACAUGAUCUUGUCAAUAUCGGCCAUACUGAGUGAAGAGGAGGAAGGACGCCCCGUGUUCAGAGACUCAACAUAUGAUUCUUUCUUGGGUGGAUGCCUUCAAGCUCUAUACUCUAGUUGCACUGAUGAUGUUAUCAAGUUGACAGCCACGGAUAUAGUCAAUGUCUUUCCUAAGUCAAUGCAGAAGACUAAAAGUCCUGAGCUCAAGACGGCAUUGUGUGGCGCAUAUGUUCGAAUAGCCAAAGUAUGUCCCCCUCAUAUCUGGAAGCCUGAAUCAUUAUUUAAUACCCUUCGUUCUCCAAAACCUUAUCAUGGGCUUGUUGAGUGCUUUCAAGUGGUUCUAUCUAUGCUUGAUCUUGAUUUUGUUGGAGAGGCAACUAAUGGUGAAGAAUCCUUGGAUGCAUCAUUGAUAAGAACCAGUGAUUAUGAAUCAGUAAGAGUUGGAGAGAAGAGGUCAAUUCAACUCUCCAAUGUUUUGAACGUUAAGCGGCAAAAGCUAGACUUAUCCAAUGGUUCCAUGUCCAAUUUACAAAGUGAAGGAAGAAAUGAAUAUACUGAGCAUGCUGGCUCCACACUUAUGUCUCUCAUUGAAUCCUUGAAAGCUCCUGGUGGCAAUGCUAACUUGUUGGAACCAGAAAUUUCGCUGACAGCUCUUAGCAUCCUCUGCAUUGCUUUGUGCAAGUGUCCUCGGGAUAAAUUUAUACGUCAAGUUUCUCGUCAGAUGCUUGAAUGGAUUCCUUGGAUUUCUGAACAGGUGAACCAAGAAAGUUUAGGUGGAGUGGAUUUACCUAUCUACCUUGAAGCACUUCACAGGUUACUGCUUAGACAGAGAUUUCUUUCUCAGAAGGAUAAUCUUUUCAGAGAAAAUGAUAAUGCUGCAUACCUUAUGCAGUUGGUGUUGAAGACUCCAUGGAACCAUGCUCUUAUGACAACUGAACCCUGUCUGUCAUGGAAGACAAAAUGUUUCUGCCUUCAGAUUCUUCCCAUCAUGGGUACUUUGUCUCAAAGUGGGGGUGAUUUAGGUAUUCUGGAUUUGGGUCUUCAGGAUGAAGCAGAUGAAGUUAGAAAUGAAGCCACAAUAGCUAUGCCAUUAAUUGUCCUAUGUGAAUUUGGUACAUUAGCACAGAUUUUUAAGAGAUUGGAGUUCCUGUGGAAAGAGAAAACCGAGAAAGUCAAGAAAUCCAUCACUAUUUUUCUUGGUUAUUUGGCAUGUCUCUAUGGUUCUUCUGAUGGCACUGCAAAUUUGUUUAAAAACAAAUGCAUGCUGUUCUUACAAGAGGAGAAGCACAUACACAGUUGGACAGGAGAUCAGCUGUUGCAAGGAUUUUGGUGCUCUUUAUGUGACAAGAGUAUCCGUCACAGCCAUGAAUCAUUAUCAAUUACACCGAAUCUCCAUAACAUGUUAGACUGUGAUUAUACAAGUCUUGUCAGCCUUUUUUUCACUCUCCUAUAUGAUGAAUCUGAAGAGGUUCAGCUUUCAUGCGUUUCAGCAGUUGGACGGGUCCUUGUUCAUAUGGAUUUAAACACUCUACAUGAAACGAAAACCGAGUGGAUAAAAUCUAUUGAUUACUUACUGCUUCACAGAAGAAAGUCUGUUAGAGAAGCAUUCAGCAGACAGAUUAGGUGCUUUGUUCAGAAUCAUAUAUUGACUAGUUUCUUUUUAGAUGAGCAGUUGUUUUUGGAUAGAGUUAGAAAUGGGUAUGCAGUAGCAAAUGAUCCAGAAGUUUAUGAGACUCUUUUAGAAGCAACUGCAGGUAUCAUGGUUGCAGCAGAUAUAAAUGGUCGAUUGUUUUUAGCAUCUCUUAUUAUGUUGCUUGACCAGCUCGACAAUCCUUAUGUGACUGUGAGAAUGUCUGCAUCUAAAUUGAUACAUAGAUCUUGCUUCUUUCAUCAUAAAGGAGGUCUGGAGAAAAUUCUUGCUAAGUUUCAUCAUAUACGCAAUGAAGUGUAUGAUUUUUUAUCAUUGCGGCUUGGUAAAAGCCCAAAAAUGGUUGCAGAAUUUGCAGCAGGUUUUCUUGAUGUUAAAUCUGAAGAACUUGUUGAAAGAAUGGUCCCAGUGGUUGUUCCAAAGCUUGUGAUUACUCAGCAAGAUAAUGACCAAGCAAAGGUUACCUUAUUUGUGCUGGCUAAAUGUUUGAACAAAGAUAUGGUGCAACUUGCAACCGAAUGUUUACCAAAAGUUCUUGCUUUGGCUCUUUAUCAAGCAGAUGGGCAAAAGUUAGACUGUGCGUUGCAGUUUUAUUGUGGCCCAUCUGGCAUGACAAGAAAAGAAGUGGUGGAGGCUGCUGUACCUGAACUUUUGUAUGAAUUAGUCUGUUCUGAGGAUGUGGACGAUUCAGUUGAUACCAGCAUAAGGCUAUCGAGGGUGCCCCAGAUGAUAAAGGAAGUUGCAAAAAUCUUGACAGAAAAUGAUGAUCUUCCAGGUUUUCUAAGACACCAUUUUGUUGGUCUUCUUGACAGAAUUAACCGAAAAAUGCUUUACGCAGAUGAUACGUUACUUCAAGUUCAGGCCACCAAAUGUAUAGAAAUAUUGAUUAACAUGAUGGGUUCCCACCUUGGAACUUAUGUACCAAAACUCAUGGUUCUUCUCAUGCAUGCAAUCGAUAAAGAACCAUUGCAGAGGGAUGGGCUUGCAGCCUUACAUUUUUUCAUUAGACAAUUGGCAAAGGUAUCCCCUUCUAGUACUAAACAUGUGAUCUCUCAAGUUUUUGCUGCAAUUAUUCCCUUACUUGAGAAACAAAAGGGACAUUCUAUCUUGCAUAUGAUGCAAAUUGUGAAAAUUUUGGAAGAACUUGUAUUUGAGAAUAAAUCAGUACUGAAACAACAUAUAUAUGAGUUUCCUCCUCUACCCAACAUUCCUGCCCUUGCAGAAGUCAACAAAGUAAUAGAUGACGCACGUGGGACCAUGACCUUGAAGGAUCAGUUGCGAGAUAUUGUUGUUGGUUUGAACCAUGAGAACUUAAAUGUUAGAUAUAUGGUAGCUUGUGAGUUAAGUAAAUUGCUAAAACUGAAAAGAGAUGAUGUGGCAGUCAUGGUUGAUGGUGAAGAGGAUUCAGAUAUGGAUGUUUUAAGCUCUUUAAUUACAUCUUUACUUAGAGGCUGCGCAGAAGAAUCUAGAACUAUAGUUGGACAACGGUUAAAGCUGGUUUGUGCUGAUUGUCUUGGAUCGCUUGGAGCCAUUGAUCCCGCCAAAGUUAAAGGCUUUUCAAAUCAACGGUUCAAAAUUGCAUGUUCAGAUGAUGAUUUAAUCUUCGAGUUAAUCCACAAACAUUUAGCACGGGCUUUUAGGGCAGCACCUGACACCUCAGUUCAAGACAUGGCUGCUUUGGCGAUACAGGAGUUACUGAAGAUUGCUGGUUGCAAUGCAUCGCUUGAGGAGGAUGUUUCAGCUUCUCACAUUUCAAAACUCAAUGUUUCAAAUAAGAUGGAUGGGAGGGGUCAGAGGUUGUGGGACCGGUUUUCUAAUUAUAUUAAAGAGAUAAUAGCUCCCUGUUUAACCUCAAGGUUUCACCUUCCAAACAUGGCUGAUUCUGCAUCUUCUGGUCCUAUCUAUCAGCCUUCAUUGUCAUUUCGCAGAUGGAUAUUCAACUGGGUCAAAAAACUUACCGCCCACGCAACAGGUUCGCGGGCUAGCAUCUUUAAUGCAUGUCGAGGUAUUGUACGCCGUGACAUGCAAACAGCAACUUAUCUGCUACCAUAUUUGGUAUUACAUGUUGUCUUACAUGGUACCGAGGACGCCCGCCGUGGAAUAACACAGGAAAUUCUUUCAGUUCUUGAUGCAGCGGCUUCAGAAAGCGUUCCAGGAAUUAGUUCUGGCCAAAGUGAAGUUUGCAUUCAAGCAGUUUUUACUCUUCUUGAUAAUCUUGGUCAAUGGGUUGAUGAUGUUAAACAAGAGCUUACUCUAUCUCAGUCCAAUUCAAAGCAGAAGUUGAAGCAUAACAGUCUAAAUUACAUAUUGGACUCAGACCAGCUAUCUAUGCAGUGCGAACAUGUUUCUGAGCUUUUGUCCGCAAUUCCAAAAGUGACCCUUGCGAAGGCAUCGUUUAGGUGCCAGGCUUAUGCUCGUUCUUUGUUGUACUUUGAGUGUCACGUGCGAGAGAAAUCUGGAUCAUUUAACCCAUCAGCUGAAAAGAGUGGAAUUUUUGAGGAUGAAGAUGUCUCAUUUUUAAUGGAAAUCUACAGUGGGUUGGAUGAGACUGAUGGGUUGUCGGGUUUGGCAUCUUUACGUAAAUCAAAAAGCUUACAAGAUCAACUAUUAAUAAAUAAAAAAGCUGGAAACUGGGCUGAAGUUUUGACUUCUUGUGAACAGGCUUUACAGAUGGAACCAACAUCUGUCCAGAGGCAUUCAGAUGUUCUUAAUUGUUUAAUCAAUAUGUGUCAUUUGCAAGCAGUGGUUACUCAUGUUGAUGGACUAAUAUCUAGAAUUCCUCAAUACAAAAAGACGUGGUGUAUGCAAGGAAUUCAAGCCGCUUGGAGGCUUGGUAGAUGGGACUUAACAGAUGAGUACCUCGAUGGAGCUGAUGAAGAAGGUUUACUUUGUAGUAGCUCGGAGAGUAAUGCUUCAUUUGACAUGGAUGUUGCCAAAAUUCUUAGAGCAAUGAGAAUGAAAGAUCAGUUUUCAGUUAGUGAGAAAAUUGCAUUAUCGAAACAAGCUUUAAUUGCUCCUUUAGCUGCUGCUGGUAUGGAUUCAUAUACACGAGCAUACCCUUAUGUUGUCAAGCUUCAUGUCUUACAAGAGCUCGAGGAUUUUCAUUCUAUUCUGAAUGGUGAGUCGUUUUUGGAAAAGUCAUGUGCUGGUCAACCAGAGUUUUUAAAAGUAACAGAAAACUGGGACAACCGGCUCAGAUUCACGCAACCGUCUCUUUGGACACGUGAACCACUUUUGGCUUUUCGGAGACUGGUUUUUGGUGCUAGUGGUCUUACUGGUCAAGUUGGGAACUGUUGGGUACAAUAUGCAAAACUCUGUCGCUCGUCUGGUCACUAUGAGACUGCUAAUCGAGCCAUAUUGGAAGCCAUGGCUUCAGGUGCAGCUAAUGUUCAUAUGGAAAAGGCUAAACUUUUAUGGAGCACAAGGCGUUCUGAUGGUGCUAUUGCAGAGCUACAACAGUCACUUAUGAACUUCCCUGUUGAAGUCAUUGGCUCUGCUACAAUGUCAUCAAUUACUAGUCUUUCAUUGGUUCCUAUAAACCAACCCGCUUUACCUUGCAACACUCAAGCAUCAAAUGAAAAUCGAGAUGUUGCAAAAACCUUGCUACUGUAUUCCAGGUGGAUUCAUUACACUGGGCUAAAACAGAAGGAAGAUGUUAUGAGUCUGUUCUCUAGGGUUAGGUUACUGCAGCCCAAAUGGGAAAAGGGGUAUUUUUAUGCGGCAAAGUAUUGUGAUGAAGUGCUUGUUGAUGCAAGAAAACGACAGGAAGAAAAUUCUGGUGCAAGUACUGAAAAGGCUUGGUGGUGCUUCCUUCCUGAUGUCUUGCUAUUUUAUGCCAAGGGACUUCACAGAGGCCAUAAGAAUCUUUUUCAAGCUCUUCCAAGGUUGCUGACACUAUGGUUUGAGUUUGGUAGUAUUUAUCAGAGGAAAGGUUCAUCAUCUAAAAAAGAUAUGAAGACUGUUCAUGAUAAGUUGAUGAGCAUUAUGCGCGGGUGUUAUAAGGACUUGCCUACCUACCAAUGGCUGACAGUUUUACCUCAACUGGUUUCUAGAAUCUGCCACCAAAAUGAUGAAAUUGUACGAGUUGUUAAGCAAAUCAUUACAUCUGUUCUCGGGCAAUAUACCCAACAAGGCCUUUGGAUCAUGGCAGCCGUUUCAAAAUCUACAGUUUCUUCAAGGCGGGACGCAGCUGCAGAGAUUAUAAACAAUGCACGAAAAAGGUCAAAUCAGGGAGCACCCAAUGCUCUGUUUGGCCAGUUUGCCAGCUUAAUCGAUCAUUUAAUUCGGCUAUGCUUUCAUGCAAGUCAGUCCAAGUCACCAACGAUCAACAUUUCUACUGAAUUUAGUUCCCUCAAAAGGAUGAUGCCGACUGAAAUUAUAAUGCCUACUCAAGGAUCAAUUAGUGUUAGCCUUCCCACUAUUGAUACAAGUACAACAGCCUUUUUCUCAGCUACAGAUUAUCCAACUAUAACAGGAAUAGCAGAUGAAGCUGAGGUCCUUUCAUCACUUCAGAAACCAAAAAAGAUUAUUCUACUGGGAAGUGAUGGAGUCAAACGUCCAUUCCUCUGCAAACCGAAGGAUGACCUUAGGAAAGAUGCACGAAUGAUGGAGUUUAACACAAUGAUAAAUCGGUUAUUAUCCAAGUCUCCAGAAAGCCGUAGAAGGAAGCUAUAUGUACGUACAUUUUCUGUGAUCCCCUUAACGGAAGAUUGUGGUAUGGUAGAAUGGGUACCCCACACUCGCGGGCUUCGACAUAUUCUCCAAGACAUAUAUAUUAGCUCUGGGAAGUUUGAUAGACAGAAAACAAACCCUCUGAUUAAGCGUAUAUAUGAUCAAUGCCAUGGUAAAAUGGCUGAAGAUGAUAUGUUGAAAAAUAAAAUUCUUCCAAUGUUCCCUCCAGCUUUCCACAAGUGGUUUUUGAACACAUUUUCUGAGCCGGCAGCUUGGUUUAGGGCCCGUGUUGCUUAUGCACACACUACCGCUGUUUGGUCCAUGGUUGGGCAUAUUGUUGGUCUUGGUGACCGUCAUGGAGAAAACAUUCUUUUUGAUUCAACCACUGGUGAUUGUGUUCAUGUUGAUUUCAGUUGCUUAUUUGACAGAGGCCUACAGCUUGAAAAGCCAGAACUUGUACCUUUCAGGUUAACACAGAAUAUGAUUGAUGGGUUGGGCAUAACAGGGUAUGAAGGCACGUUUUUAAAGGUUUGUGAGAUUACACUUUCAGUACUAAGGGAACAUAGAGAAACUUUGAUGAGUGUUCUCGAGACGUUCAUCCAUGAUCCUCUUGUCGAGUGGACUAAAACUCAUAAAUCCAGUGGAGUGGAAGUUCAGAACCCUCAUGCUCAGCGGGCCAUAAGCAAUAUCGAAGCACGCUUGCAAGGUAUUGUUGUGGGUGUUGGAGCAGCACCAUCUUUGCCUCUGGCUGUAGAAGGGCAAGCUCGCCGUUUAAUUGCCGAAGCAGUUUCGCAUAAAAACCUUGGGAAAAUGUAUAUCUGGUGGAUGCCUUGGUUUUAAUGCCAAUAUGAAGCCCUCAGGAUAUAGGAAUGCUUGAAGCCGACAAUUCUUCUAGUGUUUCACGGAAAAGAUAUUGCUCCCAAUAUGCACCGAUUAUUAGAGAGAAGCUGUGAGAUCAUUAUGUUGAUAUGAAUGAUUAUGCUGAGAGCUUCAGCAUUUGUUUUAUAUGGAAAUGUAAAUGUUAACUAUAACACCUUUUAGGCGCAAUCGAUGUUGCAAUGUACAUAACGCGGUAAUGCCGGCUAUAGUUCUAAUGCGUCUAAAGUUUAUAAUCAAUCAGGCCCUAUACUCAAUUUGCAAAUGUAAUCAUAAUUUUUUUACCCCAUCUAAUAAUCUUAUAAU